AUGAUCAAUCCGGUGGCGCUCCUUUUAACAGUAUCCCAGACCUCACUGCGCACACCUUUCAACAUGUACGUUGUGGCCCUGAUGUGCAGCAAUCUGGAGUACGCCUGUGGAAGCUCUACAUUAAUCAUCGUCGCGGACGCAUAUGGGACCUACUGGCUAGGCAACUUUCAUUGCACCGUCCGCCCGUAUUUUUUAUAUGUCGUCGUUCCAAUGAUUUAUCACUACCAUCUGCUGAUCACGCUGAAUCGCGCCUGGGCACUCUUCGGGCCUAUCUUCUACCGUGCUCGGCAUAACCACGCUGUGGCCGGCAUAUUGUGCGGCGCGGUGGCAGUUUACGCGCAUGUGUUUAUGUUGCCGCAAGUGAUACUUGAUCACGUGUACUAUCGCCUACCACUGGAGAAAGGCUGCCGACUGAAUCUCGCCAGUCAGUUUGUUCUGACCGAAUUCACGAGUAUUUGGAUGUUCGACGUACCCUGUGUGGUGAUUUAUGUCGCAUAUCCAUUCUUGCUGGGGAAAUUGUUGUACCGUCGACGGACUAGACCGGGUACUGCUACAGCACAACACGAAGCUUUCAACCGUUCGUUCACACUGCUGACGUUGUACACGUUCAGUUCCCUGGUGUGCUGGCUUCCGAGUAUGUGCUACUAUACUAUCCUCAGCAAUUAUCCAUCGGUUCGGAUGGGACCCGUCGUAUUGCAAGUCACGUCGACUCUGUACAACCUGCAACCGAUCCUGGACCCGCUAUUCUUCUGUCUCACCUUCGGUAACGUGCGGCAUUGUGCACUUCGACUGUGCUGA